UCCCACACCCCAACACCGCCACCCCCCCUCCCCCUUCUGUAUUCGUUUGUGGUUCCGGCAAGCAGAGGGAGUUUACGACCUCCUCUGCUGCGGCUGCUGAUAGACUCUUAUAUACAUCGGCCUCUCUUCGACCCAAAGAGGCUGAAACCUCUGCAUGAUCUUAAUGUGGUGACGAUGGCUUGAUUGUUCCUCCUCUUGUUUUCCUUUUCUGUUCCUUCUUUUGUUGAGUAUUUCCACUAUUUGCUUCUUAAUCGUAGAAUGGAAGCCACAUUGACAAGUCUUGAGUUCGAGAGCUUGGCUAGUGUAAUGGCGUUUUAGGGCUCUGUUGCUGCUGCUGGGUGAUUUGGAUCAGGCCGGUCCUCGAACCCUCUCUUGGUUGACCUCCAGUUUCAUGUCAAUGUCGUCCUGGAGUUGCUAAUAUAGGGGUCAUUUUCGCUGUUGACAUUAAGGAAGGAAUAGGUAAAAAAUAAUCAUUUUUCUGGUGGGGGGAUUUCUCUUGUUUGGUACUUGACCAGGGACCUGUUCUUGUGCUUGUUCUUGUUGGGCUUUCUCCUCCGCGAAUGAAUUAUAUACCGAUCAGUUAAGUCUUGCACCAAGUUCUUGGUGAAACUGCUCAUCUUAGAUUUAGCCUUUCCAAAGAUACACAGAUCAUUAGGGUGGUUCAUGCGAUAUCACAAGCUUUCAUUCGUAAGGUCCUUUGUAAAAUGAGUAAAAUGGGUGGCAAAUCCUCCGGGGAUAUUGAAGAAGGGACGCACCACUCUCACCAGACUCAGAGCGAUGAAGAUAGCCUUUGCUUCUCAGAUGCAGAAGCACAUUCGUGGCAGUCGCCAUAUGGCUCCAACGGCGGCGGUUCCACUUAUGAUGAAGGUCGGGUCUCGGCUGCUUCCUGCCUUGAGAUUGAUGGGUCUCGAGAGCAUGGUAGAAAAUCCUGUGUCUCGGAGUCUUCACUUGAUGAUGAUGAUGAUGAUGAUACGGAGAUGGGGGCUUCGGAGGUAAAGGUGAAUAUAGAUAAAGUUGAGCGAGACUGCAGGAUUUGUCAUCUCAGCUUGGAGAAGGCGGCUUCAGAGUCGGGUGUAACAAUUGUCUUGGGCUGCUCCUGCAAGGGUGAUUUAGCUGCUGCACACAAGCAGUGUGCUGAGACAUGGUUUAAAAUCAAAGGAAACAAGAUCUGUGAGAUUUGUGGCUCGACUGCACUGAACGUGGUCGGUGUGAGCGACACCGAGCCCAUAGAGCAGUGGAGUGAGGCUAACACUUCUCAAGCACCGCCUGCCAUGCCGCCAUCUGAAACCCGGAGCUUUUGGCAGGGGCACCGUUUGCUUAAAUUCCUCGUUGCAUGUUUGGUGCUUGCCUUUGUUGUUUCCUGGCUCUUCCACUUCAAUGCUCCAGGCUGAACAAUGGACAGGUUUGUGGGUAUUAAAGAAACAAGGGUAAAGCAGUUCUCUCUUGCUGCUCAAAAACCAUCAGCUGCAACACCAUUAAAACCACCAAAACAAUGAGCUUGUUUUGCAUUGAAGGGAAAAUGAUCAAGCAUACUGGAUGUGAUGAGGCACAUAAGAAGUUAUAGAUGUAGACAUCAAGUUUGUAGUGAAACCAAAGCCAACUUUCCACCUUACUUUAUUGUCCCUUGUUGUAUGGUUCUGCCAUUCUGUAAUUGUCUCUCUUUUGUUCACCAUUCUACCAUCAUUAUCCAGUGUUCUUUUAUCUUAA